AUGCAUUUCGUCAACUUCUUGACACUACUUCUCGGCUGUUACGGUUUCACCCGGAUCCAUGAAGUUGUGGUGGAUCAGCCCGGCUGCAGACCACCAAACCAGCACCAUGACCUUCUUUCCACGCUGCUUCGGCUUGGGAAAAUGCCGUGGGGCUUGAUACAUGUCCAGCCACUGAUCUGA